AAAAAAAAUAAAAAAUAAAAACCCUAAUUCCAACCAUUUCAAAAUUUUAUUGAUGUACAAUUUAUCCUUAUUUGUUCGAUUUCCUUAUCGUUGCUUGUGAAGUUGUAUUCCUCUCUGCUCGCGUCGCCGUCGUGCUCGUCUCUUUUAGAACUCAAACACAAAGGCGUGGAAGAAGGCAUUGGGGGUUAGGGUUUCUUCCGAGUUCCUGGGAACGAUUAACCAAGAGAAGAAGAUGAUCGAGGUGGUUCUGAACGAUCGAUUGGGGAAGAAGGUCCGCGUGAAAUGCAACGAUGACGACACCAUCGGAGACCUAAAGAAGCUGGUUGCAGCUCAGACAGGAACGAGGGCCGACAAGAUUCGCAUCCAGAAGUGGUACACCAUCUACAAGGAUCACAUCACCCUCAAAGAUUACGAGAUCCACGACGGCAUGGGCCUCGAGCUCUACUACAACUAAAAUCCCUCUUCAAAGGUGCUAUUAAUGGCGUAAUAUAUGGAACUGGAUAAAUGUGUCAAAUGUAACUUUUGACUUGCAAACCCCUUUGAUUGGAAUAAUGUACAUACCCGAAUGAUAUGAGAUUUAAUUUGCUGUUGGAACAAUCUGUUACUUUGUUAUAUAAUAUAUAUUUGACGUGUUCUUGUUUGAUUCGUA